GUUGUUUACAUCCGAACAGAAAAUAACUAACUCGAAGUUCUAGAUUUCAGCUAGUUUACCGACGACGUUUUAUACAAAAUGUCUCACUAACGUUUUCUUAAGUAUAUUUUCCUCACCACGAGUGAUUUUCCUGCUGAUUAAACGAUGAAUAAACGUAAAUUCGUCUGCUUCAAAUUCAACUCCGAAGCUGGAAAACAACAAAAUUCCAUAUUUACAUCUGGCUCACAAAAGCUUCAAAACAAGAACAACAAUCUGUCCAUUAAAAUAAUUCGCCAGCAACUUUAUAGCCUUGGUAGGCCUUAUGGCAAUAUGCUGGCAAAUAUGAGAGGGGAAACUUCUCUCCCCAAUCUUAAAGGAUAUCGGGACGGCCGUAAGAAGGAGAAAGGACCUACCUACAGUCAGCCGCCUACAAAGAAACUCAAGCCUGACUUUUUCGAACAUCGUAAAAUCCCCAAGCACGUUGGAAGAACGGCUCAGCUGAUGCCUAAGCAUAAGUUUUUUUAUGGAACUAUGCAAGCAAAAUGUGUCCGUUACCAGGACGACCCUGAAGAAAUAGAAGACAAUGCCUCCAAUCAGCAGCCUGCAAAGAAAGUCACGUGUGAGCCUUUACAAUACGGACCUUUCAUGAUACCAAAACAUGUGGGUGAUAAUUGUUAUAUGAAUUAUUUGCCGUCUGUCCGGCAUGACAAUGACAACCAGUUCCUUCCACAGAGUUGUGGUGAUGUGUUAAGACAGCAGCCUCUUUGCCCACAACCAACAGCCCUGAGUGGCACAGAAGAACGUGACGUUAUGGCAUCUGAAGAAAGUAACGAAAACCCCAGCACCAGCAAAAGCUUUGAGUUUUUUUACCUAAAAAACUACAGCUCUGAUUAUCCUGAUGACAGCCGUGCACACUGUUCUAAGGAUUUAUUUGCUAAUCAUAAACAAUGCCAAGACAGGAAGGAUAAGAGAGAAACCACCUCCAGUCAAAACCUGGCAAAAAUGGACAAAUAUUUGGCUAAGAUAGAUAAUACGGAGCCUGUAAACACAGAACCAUCUACCUUUGGAGAAGGCUCACGUAAAUGGCCAUCCAAUGACGACAUCCUCAAAACUCUGACGAUUAUUCAAAAACAAUGGUACAGCCCUACAGGUUCCUAUGGAAAUAAGAUGGUCCGUCAAACAGAUAGUGAGUCAGGUUGUACUGAAGCUUUGCCCAGCGAUCGUACAACAUGCAGAGAUGGCCGCAAAGUUGAGGAAGAACCUGCCUUUGGUCAGCAGCCUGCAAAACAACUCAGUCUUAAAAAGAAAAAGAAAUCUCCGCGUGUAAAUGACAAUGAUGAUGACAACCACGAAACCUUGGCAAUGAUUCGCCAACAAAUGUACAGCCCUCGCGGUCCCUAUGGAAAUCGGAUGCUCAAUCAGCCGGAACCUUCAGAUUUGGCCUCUUCCUCCUUCGAUCAGCAAAACAGCGAUUUACCUAGUGUCAGAAACAAAGCUUCAGAUAUGGACCAGACCAGCACGUCAACAACGAAUCAGGACAGCACCAGAAAGAAGAUACAACCCUGAAUGUACCUCUUCAGUAGCUGGAUUAGCUCCCUGCCCAAGAAUCGAACCCUGGCUGCAGACCACAAGGCUUUCUACUGUAUCUCACAUAAUAAAUAAUAUUUCAA